AUGUCUGCAAACGGAUUCAAAGAGAUUAGCGAAAACUUAAGUCAUAAAGUACAACAAAAUCCUUAUGGACCUAACCCUGCUGAUUACUUGUCAAAUGUGGGCAGUUUCCAGAUCAUCGAAAGUACAUUGAGAGAAGGUGAACAAUUUGCCAAUGCAUUCUUUUCUACUGAGACCAAGAUUGAGAUUGCAAAAGCUUUGGAUGAUUUUGGUGUCGAUUAUAUUGAAUUAACCUCGCCAGUUGCUUCUGAACAGAGUAGAACAGAUUGUGAAGCCAUUUGUAAAUUGGGCUUGAAAGCAAAGAUAUUGACUCACAUUAGAUGUCAUAUGGAUGACGCUAGAGUCGCUGUUGAGACUGGUGUUGAUGGUGUUGAUGUCGUUAUUGGAACUUCACAGUUUUUGAGACAAUAUAGUCAUGGUAAAGACAUGAAUUAUAUUGCUCAAAGUGCUAUUGAAGUUAUUGAAUUUGUUAAAUCCAAAGGUAUUGAGAUUAGAUUUUCUAGUGAAGAUAGUUUCAGGUCUGAUUUGGUUGAUUUAUUAAACAUUUACCGUACAGUUGACAAAAUCGGUGUCAACAGAGUUGGUAUUGCCGAUACUGUUGGUUGUGCCAACCCAAGACAAGUUUACGAGUUGGUGCGUACAUUGAAAUCAGUGGUCAACUGUGAUAUUGAAUGUCAUUUCCAUAAUGAUACAGGAUGUGCUAUUGCUAAUGCUUAUACAGCUUUGGAAGGUGGUGCCAAAUUGAUUGAUGUCUCUGUAUUGGGAAUUGGUGAAAGAAAUGGUAUCACUCCAUUGGGUGGAUUGAUGGCAAGGAUGAUUGCUGCUGAUCGUGACUAUGUCUUGUCGAAAUACAAAGUUCAUAAAAUUAGAGAUUUAGAGAAUUUAGUUGCUGAAGCUGUUCAAGUCAAUAUUCCAUUCAAUAAUCCAAUCACUGGAUUCUGUGCAUUCACACAUAAAGCCGGUAUUCAUGCUAAAGCAAUCUUGGCCAAUCCAUCCACAUAUGAAAUUUUGAGUCCAAGUGAUUUUGGAUUGACAAGAUACAUUCAUUUUGCCAAUAGGUUAACUGGAUGGAAUGCAAUUAAAUCAAGAGUUGACCAAUUGAAUUUACACUUGACUGAUGCUCAAUGUAAAGAAGUUACGGAAAAGAUUAAGAAAUUGGGUGAUGUUAGGCAAUUAAACAUUGAUGAUGUUGAUUCGAUAAUUAAAGAUUUCCAUUCUGACUUGUCCACUCCAUUGGUGAAACCCACAAGUAAUGGCUUGCCCAAAGUGCCUCAUGUCUUGGAAGGUUUAGAGGAAUCCGAUGAGAAAAGAACCAAAAAUGAAUAA